UGGAGUGUACUUCGCUCUGCUUUGUCCUGCAGUAUUUUAAUUCCUGAAAAAAUGUCUGUGGGAUAUCUAGGAUUUGUUCUUCUGCUUUGGUUCCCAGGAGUGCUGCAUGCACACAAUGAAACCCAGAACUGUACUGCUUCCAGUCCGAGUGGAGGUUAUGUUGUCCCUGAACAAGAAACGUACCUUCAUGAAACAACGCUCACUUACGCCUGUGAUAACGGAUUUAAACCAGCAGUGGAGGGCUGGAGUGCCACAAGCAUAUGUCAAAAUGGCAAAUGGUCUCCUGAACCCCAAUGUAUAGAGGUGGGAUCAGGUGGAGGACACACUACUUCUGCUGGCAGGGGGCGACAACCUGCAGGUGGAGACAGAAGACCUGAUACUGGACAUGGUGGAUCCACAGUGGGAGGAACAGGUGGAGGACACACUACUUCUGCUGGCAGUGGGAUACAACCUGCAGGUGGAGGCAGCAGUACUGGACAUGGUGGAGCCACAGGGGGAGGAACAGACGCCAACUGUGGAGACUACCCAAGUGUUCCAAACGGAGAUGUUGUGCAAGUGAGCGGAACAUCUUUGAAAUACCAAUGUAAUGGCUUUUACACACUAGAGGGUCCAGACAUUGUGACGUGUCAAAGCAAUGGCAAGUGGACAGAACCACCAUCCUGCAAAGCGGCUUUCUGUGUCAUAGAUCCUGCUCAAACGACUAUGGCCGAUGUUAAAAUAUCUGCAGUUGAAUACGUAAAGGAAGGACAGGAGAAGUAUAUUCCGUGUACUUGGGAUGAUUGGAGCCGCCGUGUUCAAUGCAUUAAUGGAAGAAUUGCCUAUACCUACUGUUGUUCCAGAGAUGAUCUUUUUUAUCAAAGAUGCCAAGUGGAGGUCUGGCCUGAAAACAGAAGCACAGUUGGAAGCAUUUGAAAUAUCUCCACCAGAGAAGAUAAACACCCAAAAAACCUUCAUAUUUGUAAAUUAUUUUCUUUUAAAUCAGCUGUUUUUGUUCUUUCAUUUUGAUUGAACAUAUUUACACAAUGUUGAAGCAAAUUGUUCUUUAAGAGUCAUUUUGUCUUUUUAUGCUUGGAACUCUUGAUGCACUAAUGUCUAUCAACACUUUGAUUACAAAUAAAAGGGAAAUGGUCUACAGUA